ACAGUCUACCAAGCGACAUACGAUAUACUGACGGUGAUAAACGGCUCUUUCUGAUGCUUUUUUCCUCAGCCUAUCAACGAAGCAGAAAGAGAUCACCGUCUGACUGUCAGAUGAAGCAACCAGGAAGUGUUGUAGCAGUUGCUCAUAGCGAUGUCUCUUGUGAAACUAGGUUGCACCACCCUGGGAAAAGCGACCGGACUCUUAGCCGUUUUACUUGUUGUCAUUGCAGCGAUUAUACAAUACUUCGACGACCCCGAUCCGGUUAAAUUCACCAGCAUGGCUGAGGACAUGAAGACUCUGGAGGAAAACUUCAGGCAACAGAAUAAAAGCUGUUUCAUCCUCGGUGCCUCCGGGGAAACGGGCAGGUUGGUGCUUAAAGAGCUGCUGGAGCGCAACAUCUUCUCCAAGAUAACUCUCAUCGGAAGGCGACAGCUCACCUUUGAGGACAAAGCAUAUGAAAACCUGGUGCAAGAAGUGGUGGACUUCGAGAAACUUGAUGAUCAUGCUGCUGCCUUCCAGGGCCACGAUGUUGGCUACUGCUGCCUGGGAACAACCAGAGCAAAAGCAGGGGCUGACGGAUUCGUUCGUGUCGAUCAUGAUUAUGUUCUAAAGUCAGCAGAGCUUGCUAAGGCAGGAGGCUGCACACAGUUCCACCUGGAGUCCUCCAGAGGAGCUGACAAAAACAGCGGUUUCCUCUACCUCAAAGUCAAGGGACAAGUGGAAGCAGAAAUUGAGGCACUUGGAUUUGACAGAUAUGCCAUUUACAGACCUGGGGUUUUGUUGGUGGAUCGGAAGGAGAGUCGGCCCGGCGAGUGGAUGGCCAGGAAGUUCUUUGGUGCCUUGACUGCUCUGGGUUCUACGUCUAUGUCCAUCCCGAUCCAAGCGGUGGCGAGGGCUAUGGUGUCAAACACUCUGCGUCAACCCGAGCAGAAGACGGAGAUCCUGGAGAACCAAGACAUCAUCAAUCUGGGAAAGAGUGCAGAGAAAUGAGAGAGAGAGAGAGCAUGAAAUACAUGGAGGUUAUUUCAGCAGAUACACAGACAACUUACCGCUAAAACUCAUCACAUCUUCACGCCAAAGGAUUUUCACAGUAUUGCAAGAAAAUCAUUGGGAGGUUUUUUUGUGUGAAAGUACUCCUCUGUGAUGGGUUUGCGAGAUUCUUUAUGGUGAAAACAGCCUGCGAAGCUAGUGAAAGAUAAAUUCUUUAAAUUAAAUUUGUGUUUAAUUUCUUUGGUCUGAAAUGAGAUUGUAAUAUUUUCAUCGGGGAACAACAGUUUUGCCAGGCCUGCCAAUGUUCACCAUUUGUGCUCUGAGACAACAAUGAACCACUGCCUUAAAGUGAAUACUGAUGUUUUUUUGCUUUAACUUCGUUAUUUAACGCUCAUUAUUUAACUGUGCAUGUUUAAAUCAGGGAAAUCUUAACAUAACAGCUAUUCAAUAUGAAGAAUAUCUGGUGUCAAUAUCUGUGCUAUACUGUGUAGUAUAUUUUGAAUGUAUACACAAGAUUUUGUGCUAUACUUUGUAUUUCAAGUAAUACUUCAGUAGAACUUUAAAUCCUUGUAAGGGCAACUCGCUCCCCAGAUCAACAGAUCAAAAGAAAAAAAGAUGUUAAUCAAAAGCAAAAAACAAUGAAAGGCUAUAAGCUUUUAAAAAACAAUAUACUUGCUCCAUUUAGAUUUAACAGUAUCAUGGAGUAUUCAACAGUAACAUUUGAGAUACAAAUGGAUUGGAACAAUUCUGAAUAAACUGUGUUGAUUAUAAACUUUGUCUGCAUGUUUUGAAGCUAAAUGGUGGUCCUAUUGACAAAGUUCCACAUUAUAGAGUUCUUAACUGUUAUACAGUCAAUCUUUUUGGUGGUUAUUUUUUAAUUAUGAUUGCGUAACCUUCUGUAAAGCACUUUGGAUUGCCUGUGUGUGAGAGGUGAUAUACUAUACAAACUGGUGAUAUAUAAGGUGAUAAAAGGUGAUGUAUAAACUUUUUUCUACUUGAUCUAGCAGCGCCCCCUUGUGACUGAUUGUGUUGACACUGAUUGUGCUGUAAAGGCCUAUAUGACAUGGACUCUUUCUCCAACACUAUACUGUAUUUAGAUGUUUUUUUCAUUUUCUCAAUAGCAAAAUGAGGACUUUUUUUUCACUAGGCAUUUGAAUUUUGAAAUGAUUUGCUCAGAUUUAUGCCAGUGAGAGAGUAGAAAACAGUAAUGGUGUUGAUAAACUUGAUGCAGUCUGCUUUUUCUUUAAAAAUGAAAAAAACAGGCACUUGCAUACAUUAGUGGCUCCAUACAAUCAUGCUUUAAUGGGUAUUUUACAUUUGAAACUGAACUGAUGAUUAAUGCUCAUCUCUGACAUGUCACAGUAGUGCAGGUGUAAAUAAUAUAAUGAAUGAUGGCUGAACUCCAUUCAGCUGCUUGCAGUAGCAGGGCCCUGCUCUUGUGCAUACUGUCACAUUGUCAUGUCACUUGAAUAUAAUUGGGGCAUUAUUAAUAUUAUAAGUAACACCUGUGAGUUGAUAUGACUAAUCAAAAACAUCUGCUGUGAAAAAGGCCAUUAGGCAAAUAUGUAAACCACUGAACUAUGAAUAAAGUGUUCUGCAAGAAGUCAA